AAUAAAAAUGCUUGAGCAUAAAUAACUCAUGCGGCGACCUACUCUAAAAAUAGAAAACUUAGGGAGCUCUUUGGCACAAUUUUUGAUUAAUAUAAUUGUGAUCUUGUACACCAAUAAACUGUCGUCAAAUUUUAUACUAUGAGCAAACGUAAUCAUUUACAAAAUAUGUUUUUGGAGAUCGACUGGAAAAAGAUGUUCACCUGGAACUACAUGAAAGGGCUAAUACUGAAUCCGACGCAGCUCUGGUUCAUGGCCACACUGAUCAUCGCUACUGAAUUGGUCGUGAACGUUUUAGUGGUCGAGCGCGUGCCGUACACCGAGAUUGACUGGAAAGCGUACAUGCAAGAAUGUGAAGGUUUCUUGAAUGGAACUUUAGACUACAGCCAACUCCGAGGUGACACCGGUCCAUUGGUAUAUCCAGCAGGAUUUGUGUACAUAUAUUCAUUGUUUUAUUUCCUUACAAGUCAGGGUACAAACAUUAUUCUGGCCCAGUAUUUGUUUAUAGUUGUCUAUUUGUUGCAACUUGUGCUUGUUCUUAGAAUUUAUAUUAAAACCAAAAAGGUCCCACCAUAUGUAAUGGCAUUUACUAUUUUAACAUCCUAUAGGAUUCAUUCUAUUUAUGUACUGCGUCUGUUCAAUGACCCAAUUGCUGUAUUAUUCCUUUAUGCAUCAUUAAAUUUGUUUUUAGAAGACAAAUGGUUCUUGGGCAGUGUUUUCUAUAGUUUAGGAGUUUCAGUUAAGAUGAAUAUACUACUUUAUGCUCCUGGAUUGUUCUUCUUCUACUUGAUAAAUUUGGGCUGGUUUAGAACUAUGCAACAACUAGCUGUUUGUGGAUUUGUCCAGUUAAUACUUGGUGCACCAUUUUUGUUCAAUAAUCCGAUAGCAUAUUUAAAAGGUAGCUUUGACAUUGGUAGAGUUUUCAACCACACUUGGACAGUCAACUACAGGUUUUUAGAUGUUGAUAUAUUUGAAAGCAAGUGCUUUCAUUUGACUUUAUUGGCAAUACAUGUUAUACUUCUUUUGAUUUUUUUGCCUUUGUGUACAAAAUAUUUUCAAACAUACUGUCGCUUAAAGUAUGUACAAAAACAAGUGCAGCCUCAAAUUGACUUAGAAAACAAAAAGAACCAGAGAAAAAGUAAAUUGAAAAAAGAACAAAAAGUUAAUGCCGGAUUGGAAGUUGAAACAUUAACCAAAGAACAAGAAGAAUUUUUGAACUCAUUUGAGAAUAUGUUGCAGAAGUCUUCUCAAAAAAGUGUGAAGAAGACUCACAAAAACCCUAUUGAAGUGAAGCAACCUACUAAAUACCACAUUAACUUUGAUAUCUUGUCUCAAAUGUUUAUACUUCCCAUGUUUUUAGUGAACUUCAUUGGCAUUGUGUGUGCACGGAGCCUUCAUUAUCAGUUUUACUCAUGGUACUUCCACAGCUUGCCGUAUCUGUUGUGGUCUACUAAUUUUUCAAUCAUUUUAAAGUUUUUAAUCUUAGCUCUUAUAGAGUUUUCAUGGAAUACUUACCCAAGUACUGUUUUAUCUAGUAUGUUGCUUCAUUUUUGCCACUUGGGUAUAUUAUUUGGGGUGUAUAAAAAAAUCUCAGCAGAACUUAAACUUGCUGCCAAAGUCCAAUAAAAUCUUAAGUAACUAAAAUAUCCUAUAUUGCACCACAAAUAAUUAAAAACACAUUCAAGACAGGUUUACUAUGCAAAUAAAGGUUGCAACAGGCAGUCAUAUUAAUUUUAUUGUUUUUAGUAAGUUACUGUAAAGUACAUAAUGUCUUUUGUAAAUCCAGCUUUUUUCUAAGCAGGCAAGGUUAAUUAAGUUAUAUUUGUUGAAAACUAUAAUUAAAAUUUAAAAUAAAAACAGCAGCUCACCCAUCCAUCUUGCGUCAAAAUGUUUUGACGCAACAUUGGUGAGCUGUUGUUUUUCAUUUUACAAAGGAAAUUAUUAAUAUAGGUGUAAACCUUACUGCAUGGGCAAGAAAAUUGUAUUUUAAUUGCUGUUUUAUGUUAAAGUUUUUGUAACUAGGUUCUUUGUUGUGUAACUUCCGUAAUAACUUCAGUCAAAGAAACUUUGCAGGAUUGAACAGUACGUUGUAAUAACUACUACUCCCUUUCAUAAUAACUAAGGUAAAAUAUAUUAUAUGAUGUAAACACAUCUUUGACAAUGAUUGUACAUAGUUUUUAUUAAUAUAAAACAGGUGUAACAUAGCAUGGUAUUAAUUAAAAAUUACAUUUUCUUUUUGUAAAAGAAACUUGUGUCUUUCCUAGGAGUAUUUUUAUUGAUAUAUUAUAAUUUAUCAGUUUAUCACAGUGGUCGGCAACCUUUUAGCCGCCAAGGGCCACAUAGUAGUUAAUAACGACGUUGAAGCCGCACUUUGUUAAUAUUUGUGACUUUAUCAGACAUUCUUGUUUGUCAAUAUUCCAUAUAUAAUAGCCAGGGGGGGGCCCGGAUGUUGCCGACCGCUGAUUUAUCACAUGCUAUAGAAUAUAAUUAUGUACUUAUACAUCAAGUUUUUAUUAUAAACUAUAAAAUUGGA